UCACAUUAUUGACGCCACUCGGAUUAGGCGCACAGUUCCAUAGCAACUUUUGGAAUAACCAUCAACUAAUACUAUUAUCUAACUGAUCUAAAUGGUGGCCAUACGCUUGGCUUUUUUAUUAUUGCUAGCGAUCUCUGCAGAUCGCUUGGCAGCCGUCAACGCCGCAGAUCCUUUUAGUUUAUCCAUUAUACACAUUAAUGACUUUCAUGCCAGAUUUGAACCCACGGAUAUGAGCGGUGGAACCUGUCCCGAUGAUCAGGAGUGUAUUGGUGGCUACGCACGUACUGUGCACAUGGUGCGACGCCUUCUAGCCGAGCAGAUCAAUCCGGUUUAUAUCAACGCUGGAGACAGCUUUCAAGGCACACUCUGGUACAAUCUGGGUCGCUGGAAUGUAACGCAGGAGUUUUUGAAUCUACUGCCAGCGGAUGCUAUGACGCUAGGCAAUCAUGAGUUUGAUCAUGGUGUAGAAGGUGUGGUGCCGUUUUUGAAAACUGUUAAUACUGCCAUGCUGGUUGCUAAUAUGGACUGCGCUCAUGAGCCCACCAUGAAGGGUUUGUAUGAGAAAUCUAAGAUUAUUGAGCGUGGUGGUCGCAAAAUUGGACUUAUUGGCGUAAUCUUGCAAACAACUAAUGAACUCGCCAACACAGGCAAACUGAUCUUCCGCAAUGAAAGCGAGAGCAUUCGUGAGGAGGCCGCUGUGCUGAAAGCGAAAGGUGCCAACAUUAUCAUUGUGAUCUCCCAUUGCGGAUAUGAUGUAGACAAGCUGAUUGCUCAAAAUGCUGGCGAUGCCAUCGAUGUCAUUGUGGGUGCCCAUUCGCAUACAUUUCUCUAUACGGGCACUAACCUUCCCGGACCAGAUAAACCACGUGGCGAGUAUCCUACACAGAUAACGCACAGCAGCGGACAUCGUGUGCUCAUAGUACAAGCGUCUGCUUAUGCCAAGUAUGUGGGCAAUCUAACGGUCUACUUCGAUGAGCAAGGUGAUGUUGUUGACUUUGCAGGCGCACCUAUCUACAUGGAUCACGAUGUGCCCGAAGAUGAGGUCGUGUUGAAGGCACUGGGACCCUGGAAGGAGAUAAUCGAUGCAAAGGGCAAGGUGGUUGUGGGCAGCACUAAGGUGGAUCUUACCAAAGACGAUUGCUCCUAUAGAGAAUGCAAUCUAGGUAACUUCUACUGCGAUGCCAUGGUGCAUACGUUCAUUGGCCUGACACCAUUCGAUCAGCCUGCUUGGACCAAUGUGUCCAUUGGCUUGAUUCAUAUAGGCACACUACGCGUGCCGCUGCCACGUGGCAAUCUCACCUAUGCGCAUAUAGUGUCAAUGUCGCCAUUUGAGAACAAUUUAAAUGCCUACAAUUUACCCGGCAGCAAGCUGCUCGAAGCCUUGGAGUACUCUGUGGCCAAAAUCGAUUUGCCUAAUGGUGUUACUAGCUCGCAUCUUAUGGCACAAUAUUCCGGACUCAAAGUGACCUAUGACUACAGCAAACCUGUCAAUUCUCGCGUUGUCUCCGCCCAAGUGCGCUGUGCCGAUUGCGAAGUGCCCCUAUAUGAGCCACUGGAUGUUAAAAAAAUCUAUCGCAUUGUCUCGCCAAACUUUCUGCAGAAUGGUGGUGAUGGAUACAGCAUGCUUGCUGAAGGCACUGAUGUGAUAACUAGCAGCACGGAUUUGGAAGCGUUGCUCUCAUACACCGACAACGCUCAACCCAUUUAUACGGGCCGUGAGGGGCGCAUUACAGUACUCAACUGUGCAAAGUGUUAAAAGUUUUCCUUUUAAAUGUUUCAUAUGUUCCUAGUACUAGAACUUCCUACACCUUUUUUUUUUAAAUA